UCGGUGAUUGUUUUAGAGAUUUUAUUUAAAUGAGUUUUGAUAAGGAUCUUCCUCCUUUUGGUUACUCUGUUUGUUUUGGAAUUAUCGGCUAUGCAGUUGUCGGAUGUUAUGGAUGUUGGAAGUGAAGAGAUGGAGCCUGGUGAUGAGUUACCAGAUCAUGGUAACCUACAAGAAGACGAGAUACCAAGAGUUGGAAUGCGGUUUGCUCAGUUACAGAUGGCGCAUGACUUUUAUGUGUCCUAUGCAAAGAAAGCUGGAUUUGCAACUAAGAUAAGGACGACAACAUUUGACAAGAUCACGAAGGCUCCCAUUAAUCAUGCUAUACACUGUAAUCACGACGGGAUCCGCGAGUCUCGUGUUAAAGCACCAACGCGGAAGAAUACGAUUUCAGCUGCUGGGUGCAAGGCAAGGAUAUAUGUAAAGUUUGAUAAAGAUGUGCAAGACUGGGUUUUGUUCAAGGUUGACUUGACGCACUCACACCCCUGUUCACCGAGAAAGGCAUUGCACUACCAUGAGUAUAGGCAGCUGAUCAUGCAUUCGAAGUGCGUGAUCGAGGAUAAUGAUGAGGCUGAGAUUCGUCCAAAUAAGACAUUCCUUGCUUUGUCAAAUGAGGCUGGUAGCCCCUCUAACUUGGGAUUCUCAGAGAAGGAUUUAAGAAACUAUAUAACAGCAAGGCUCCGUAAUAGCAACGUGAAUGCGGAUGUCAGGGAGAUGAUGAGCUACUUCAUGAGAAUGAAGGACAUCAAUCCGAACUUCUUUUACGCGGUGAAGUUGGACGAGGAGUGUAAAUUUAAGAGUGCAGUAUGGGUUGAUGCAAGGUGUAGGGCGUCGUAUGAAUACUAUGGAGACGUCGUGUCAGUUGAUAGCACAUAUAGUACAAAUAGGUACGUAGUAGUUAAGUUGUUUUUUCCUUCUCUUGAUAAAACGCUAUUCGAUCGUGAUUGGCAUUUCUUACUUCUGUUUGGUUUUUCUGGCAGGCACGGAUUACCGUUUGUGUCGUUCGUUGGGGUCAACCACCAUCGUAAGUCGACCCACCUCGGUUGUGCUUUGUUGGGGAAUGAAGAAAUCGGAAGUUAUGAGUGGGUUUUUAGCCAAUGGGUGAAGUGCAUGGGAACUGCUCCAAAGUCUAUCAUAACCGAUCAAUGUCGAUCCCUUUACCGUGCGAUCAAAAACCCGACACACGCCACCGGUGGUGCAUUUGGCAUAUUAUGA